CCACAUUUUCGUUCCUUGGAAAAUAUGCGAAACGUCGUCGUUUGGGUCUCUUCCUUCUUCGUUGAGAUUUUUUUUUUGUUGGUGCAGGAGUCGGCUUGCAAAACUAAACUAAUUCUCUUCUUGGGUUUGCUCUUUUCUUGCUAAUCCAGAGAAAGCGCCAGAAAUUUUCUUUGUUAGAAUCCUCUUUGCACGCAAUCAUCCAAAUUCUUGAUCGUAUAUUCACCUGAAAGAAUCCAUCUCAUCGCUCUCUUAGCUCCAGCUUUAGGGCAAACCGCCGAUCACAUCCCUAGUUUCUUCGGCUCCAUCGAAGCGGAUAGUAAGAGUAUCUGGAAUCUUGGGUUCUCGGAGGACAAUUCCUGUAUUGUUAAUUCUAGGGUUAGCUCAAAAACAUGUUUUUCUCCGGCGAUCCGUCGACUCGGAAGCGAGUCGAUUUAGGUGGCCGGAGCACCAAGGAGAGAGAUGCCCGGAAGCUUCUGGAGCAGACCAGAAUGGAGCGAAAUCGUCGGUUGCUACAGAAGCAGCAGAACUCCGCUGCCGUCAGAAUUCAGAAAUUCUUUAGAGGUAGAAGAUCAAUGGCCAUUGAGCGCUCCAAGGUGCGGCGUGAUUUCUGUGAAACCUAUGGGAAUAAUUGCCAGAAUGUCGAUAGGCAUUGCUUUCAGCCAGGUUCAAGUUUCCUCCGGCAGUUGCUGUUUUUUUUCAAGGCACAGAACUCGGGAGAUUUUGUGAUACUUGUGGAGACGUGUCGACUACUGCAAAAGUUUGCUCACAGCAGUGGUGACAUUGUCAGCCUUUUUUCUGGCUUGGACUAUUCCUCUGAGCAUAGUUUGGUGGAUUUCAGAGUAAAGAAACUUGCAUUUACCUGCAUCGAAGCUGUACAUCAGAAUAGGAACCGUUUAAGGGAUCAACUCUUAGUUACUUCUGAAGAAGCUAGCAUUUCAACAGCUAUAUUGAUGGACGCAAUGUCGUUGAUGCUAGAUAUUAAGCUGCCUUGGGUUUGCGAAAUAGUUAGUUAUCUGCAGAAACGAAACAUAUUCAAAAUGGUCAGAGAAAUCGUCAUUACGGCUAAGGAAAGCCCUGGAGGUCAAAUUAUGACCGGCGGCAUCCGUUCACUAGAAAAAGUAUUGAUCCUGGUUGUUCCCCAUGUUGGCCGUCAGCCAUGUUGCUGCUCUGCUGUUGAUCCACGUUGGAGUUUCUCAUCUAUGAUCCUUACAAUACCUUUGAUAUGGCAGCUCUUCCCAGACUUGAAAGUGGUCUUUUCCAACCCAAGUCUAAGUCAACACUACAUUCGCCAGAUAGCAUUCUGCAUUAAAACAGAUACCCAUGUUCUCCCAAUAGAUACAAGCACAGAAUUCCCUGGUUAUGCCUGUCUUUUUGGUAAUAUGUUGGAGACUGCAAAUGUGGUGUUGUCACAGCCGGAAUGUUCGUUGAACAUGGCAGUGGACAUUGCAACUGUUGCAACUUUCUUAUUGGAGACACUUCCUCCUGUGAAGUCAUCUGAAAUAGAAAGCAGACAGAGCUCUUCUGACGAGGAUGAUAUGUUGAUUGACGAUGUACCAGAAUUAAUCUUGAAUAGGACUCUGGAGCAGCAGAUAGUUACCAAUGCUAUAGACUCACGUUUUCUUCUGCAGUUAACAAAUGUUUUGUUCCAUCAAGUUUCGCUUGGUACGCAGUCAUAUGACGAAGAAAAAGAAGCACUAGCUAUUGGCACAGCCAGUUCAUUUCUGUAUGCAGCAUUCAACACUCUCCCUCUUGAGCGAAUCAUGACAAUUUUGGCUUAUAGAACCGAGCUUGUUGCUGUAUUGUGGAAUUAUAUGAAGCGAUGCCAUGAGAACCAGAAGUGGUCAUCCAUGCCUAAACUCUUCGCUUACCUUCCAUGGGAUGCACCGGGUUGGCUAUUACCUCUGGUUGUUUUUUGCCCUGUUUAUAAGCAUAUGCUUAUGAUAGUCGACAAUGAGGAGUUUUACGAAAGAGAGAAGCCACUGUCGCUACAAGAUAUUAGGUUGCUUAUCAUCAUUCUCAAGCAAGCUUUAUGGCAGUUACUAUGGGUAAAUCCACUUACGCAACCUAACUCUGGGAAAUCUGUCUCCAACGACCUCAAGAAGAACCCUGUUGGCUUGAUUCAGAACAGGGUUGGGGUUGUAGUCGCUGAGUUACUUUCACAGUUGCAAGAUUGGAACAACCGGCAACAAUUUACUUCCUCGAGCGACUUCCAAGCAGAUCCAGUCAAUGAAUAUUUCAUCUCUCAGGCCAUAAUGGAGGGUACGAGAGCCAACUACAUACUGAUGCAAGCUCCUUUCCUGAUUCCGUUUACAAGCAGAGUCAAAAUAUUCACAACACAAUUAGCAACGGCAAGGCAAAGUCAUGGGUCUCAAGGCAUUUUUGCUCGAAAUCGGUUCAGAAUAAGAAGAGAUCACAUCUUGGAAGAUGCUUACAAUCAAAUGAGUGCAUUGUCCGAGGAUGAUCUCCGGGGAUCGAUUCGCGUGACAUUUGUCAAUGAACUCGGAGUUGAGGAAGCUGGUAUUGAUGGUGGUGGCAUUUUCAAAGACUUCAUGGAGAAAAUUACCCGAGCAGCUUUUGAUGUGCAAUAUGGGUUGUUUAAGGAGACCGCUGAUCACAUGCUUUAUCCUAAUCCGGGAUCAGGAAUGAUACAUGAACAGCAUCUCCAAUUCUUUCAUUUUCUCGGCACUCUUCUCGCAAAAGCUAUGUUUGAAGGGAUCCUAGUUGAUAUACCAUUUGCAACGUUUUUCCUCAGCAAAUUAAAACAAAAGUACAACUACUUGAACGAUUUGCCUUCUCUGGAUCCUGAGUUGUAUAGACAUCUUAUAUUUCUGAAGCGUUAUAAGGGUAAUAUCUCAGAAUUGGAGCUUUACUUUGUUAUUCUGAAUAAUGAGUAUGGAGAGAGGACAGAGGAAGAGCUACUUCCAGGGGGAAAAGACAUGCGAGUUACAAAUGAGAAUGUUAUAACUUUCAUUCAUCUGGUUUCCAAUCACCGAUUGAAUUUUCAGAUACGCCAGCAGAGUUCUCAUUUCUUAAGGGGUUUUCAGCAACUCAUUCCAAAAGAAUGGAUCGACAUGUUCAAUGAACAUGAGCUUCAGGUUCUCAUAUCUGGUUCAGUUGAUAGUUUGGACAUUGACGACUUGCGAAAGAACACUAAUUAUGCUGGAGGCUACCACGCUGGACAUUAUGUGAUUGAUAUGUUCUGGGAAGUUAUGAAAAGCUUCUCAACCGAAAACCAGAAGAAGUUCUUAAAAUUUGUGACGGGAUGUUCAAGAGGACCACUGCUCGGUUUCAAAUACCUGGAACCUGCAUUCUGUAUACAGAGGGCUGCUGGUAGCGCGAGUAAUGAAUCAGUUGAUAGACUACCGACAUCAGCCACUUGUAUGAACCUUCUUAAGCUUCCGCCCUAUCAAAGCAAAGAGCUACUGGAGACCAAAUUGAUGUACGCCAUAAGCGCAGAAGCGGGAUUUGAUCUGAGCUGAAUAGUUCUUGCGACUUUGUCACUCGGAGAAGAAGAUCAAGACAAAGUGGUGACUUAUAACGAGGAGAAGAAGAAUCAAAAACAUGGUUCUUGUGACGCAAGAAAAACCCAUUGUCUUGGAUGUGGACUAAUAAUAGAAUCCAUUGUCUUGGAUUUGUAAGGAAAUUAGUUUAUCUGUUUUUUGUAACAUUUUAUGAUGAUGGUAAAUAUCUUGAGUCCAUUAA